AAACAGCGAUAGAAUAUCGAAUUUCGUCGAGGCUCGCCGAAAGGCCGUGGGAUUAUCGUUUGAUCGAUUGCAGCCGGGUUCCGAGAUAGUGUCGCUAUAGGAACGAAACAUUCGCGGCCGGCCGAUGUCACAGCGGAGAGAUUGCAGCGAACGUGGUUCCAUGGUGUGUCCCGACGUAGAUAAUGCUUUAGGGAACUGGCCUCGCGAUACGUUCGAAUCCCGAUUGAUCCGGCGGCGGUCCGAAUAUGACGGGGACGCGGUGUGUGUGCGCAGAGAAGAAGCUCGCGGCGACGGGAAAGGACGGGCCGCCGGGUCCUCGCACCGAUGACAUUUACGGAACUUGCAAUCUUCCGACUCGCUUCAUGUACCCACGUGUGUUCUUGGGCUACCGGCAGGACGAGACUCCGCUGCCGCAUCCAUGUUACAGGAGCACGUCGAUGGACUACGGAUGGUACGCGCCGUCCGUGCACACCGUGCCGACCAGAUAUUACCCGCGGAACACUUCGUUCAGCGACGGCCAGGCGCUCGGCGGAAUGUACAGAAACUGCUCGGUGAACACGGAACUGGACAAGAGCGUCGUUUGAGUAUCUUAUCGGGCGGCCGACCAGAAUAAAUCCGCCUUGAUUCCACGGCUAAUUAUAGAACCGGGGAUACUUUCGCCGAUGUACGCGCGAAACCGUUGUAUCACGAAUUCUAUUUCGAAUAAAUCUUUGCGAAAGAAUAGCCAAAAUAUGA